GCAUGCUCGCGACGCCUGCGGUGGCUCUCGUCGGUGCCUGACCCCGGGCUGGGCAGCAGCGUGUCUGCCAUCAGGCACCAUGCAGCCGUUUCUCGCUCUGCUGGCGCUGGCUUGCGCGGCCGGCUCUACCGCAGAACAACACUGGUGCUAUGAGAUUCAAGCCAAGGAGCCCAACAGCAACUGUAUAGCGCCUGCCCAGUGGCCUGGAGACUGUCAGAAGAACCACCAGUCUCCCAUCAACAUCGACACCUCCAAGGCGAAGGUCAACCCCAACCUGAAGCCCUUCACCUUCACUGGCUAUAACCAAAAGAAGAAGUGGGAAGUUGUGAACGACAAACACUCAGUGAAGGUGUUGCUGGGGGAUGGCAUCUCCAUUGCUGGAGGAGACCUCCCCGCACAGUACCAGGCUGAACAGUUGCACCUCCACUGGUCAAAGGAGUCGGACCGGGGCUCAGAACACAGCAUCGAUGGCAAACAUUUUGCCAUGGAGAUGCACAUCGUACACAAGAAGGAGCCAUCCAGCAAUGAGGUGCAGGGCGCCAAGGACAACAUAGCAGUGCUGGCAUUCAUGGUGAAGGUGGGAGACCAGGUGAACGAGGGCUUCCAGCCCCUAGUGGAGGCCCUGUCCCAUAUCUCCACACCCAACACAAACACCACGAUGAAGGAGAGCUCCCUGCAGAACAUGCUUCCCCAGAAGGAAAAGCUGGUUCACUACUUCCGCUACCAGGGCUCCUUGACCACACCAGACUGCAGUGAGACCGUCAUCUGGACUGUGUUCCAGGAACCCAUUAAACUCAACCAAAACCAGUUCCAGGAAUUCUCAACGAAGCUGUACUAUGACCAAGAAAGGAAGUUGAAUAUGAAGGACAACGUGAGGCCCCUGCAGCAGCUAGGAGAUCGCCAGGUGUUCAGGUCCCGUGCCCCAGGACAGCUGCUGUCCUUGCCCCUGCCCACUCUCUUGAUCCCUACACUCACCUGCCUGGUGGCCAGCUUCCUGCAGUGAUGCUCCACUUCCGGAUAUGUGACCUCUGACCUCAGCCUUCAGAGGAUAUGGUUCUCUUUCCUUAGGUUUCCUACAUUGGACUUUGGGGACUCUUAAGAUAUGGGUAGCGCACAAUUUAAAUUCCCAGCCCUUGAGGGGUGGGGGACAGAAAUAUGUUGACCUCUGACCUCUGCUCCUCCUCCCCCCAAUGAAACAAAAUAAAAUAUGGAUAUAUUUUUGGAGAAA